AUGUUCGACAGAUUCGGUAGCAUACCGCCUCCGCAUCCUGCCCUCGACCCCAAUACCCAUCUCAUUCCGGGUCUCAAAGCUUUCAUCAAAGCAGGCGCCCAUGUUCCAACGAACCUGUCGACGAAUGACCUGACAGUAGCGACGGCUCAAACAUGGCUCAAGACACAAGACCCUCUGACGCUCUCGCUCGUGCUAUGCUUCUGGUCGAGCGUCGUGACAUGGUUCUUGGGUGAAGUGACUGGCAACGUCUCUCAGGUCGAUCGUAUCUGGACGUUCAUGCCGGUCAUCUAUUCUGCCAUCUUGACCCUGCACCCUCACUGGCAAUCGUACGACUUCAAGCUCUUCACCCUCCCUAAACUCUCGUGGUCGAGUCGCGCUAGCUGGGACAAGAACUUCGUCGAUCUCCUCGUGCCAUCUGGCGUCGACCCCAGAAUGAUGCUCAUCUUGCUCUUACAAGUCCUCUGGUCGCUUAGACUCACCUCCAAUGCCAUCCGACGCGGUUUCUUUGACCCGCGUACCGAAGACUACAGAUGGCCUUUCAUACGCGAACGCUUCCCAGGUGGCAAGCUGUCCUUCAAAGUCUUCAAUCUCGUCUUUAUCGCCUUUAUACAGAACAUCAUCCUCAUGGCCACCGCGCUUCCGCAAUACGUUCUGCUCACUUCCCGCGCGUCUGCACAUCCUACACACGCUGCGCCGGCACUCGGCCGAACGGAUCUCAUCCUCACCGGCUGGUACCUCGUCAAUCUCUACCUCGAAUUCGUAGCAGACAAUCAGCACCAACGCUACCAGAACUGGAAGCAUGGCAGCGGUAGAGAAGGUCGUCCCGGUCAGGUCGGCAAGACGGCGCGUCAGAUGCAAAUCGACGAGGGACGUCUCCGUCGAGGCUUCUGCACUGAAGGCUUAUGGGCAUACUCGCGUCAUCCCAACUUCUUGUGCGAGCAAACGGGCUGGUUCAUUCUCUACCUGUUCUCUGUACACGCGACCGUCUCGCCAACGGUCAUCAACACCGUCUACAAAUCCUUCGAUGCCGCUUUGACAACACGUUCGAUCGAUCCGGUCAAAGCAAUCGCGCACAGCGCUUGGCCACACUUCUUCACCUUUGCACUGGCUGGCCCGCUCUCCAUGUGGAUGAUCUUUGCCGGUUCGACUUGGCUCACCGAGCUCAUCAGCUCUCGAAAAUAUCCGCUCUACAAGCAGUAUCAACGUCGUGUCGGCCGAUUCACGCCCGACGGCACCCUUCUCAAGUCUAUCUGGCUUCUGCUCACCGGUAGCUACGGCAAAGUCACGGAAGACGUGUUCGGGCAAGCCCCCAAGCAGAUCAAAUCGCAAUAAACAAUCCGGAAAAGCAUCUAUGCAUCUACAACCGUGGCUGCUGUACAAUGUGGAAUAGUCUAUCGUGCGAGGAGGAUCAGUGUUUGCUGUCCGCAUAGAACUUGCGUGCGUUGGCCGUCGUGACGCUGAGCGAGCGUUUGUGCGAGUGUCGAUUCACGUAUCGGUCUUCUUCCGCUGUCUGUCGAGGUGGCGAGCGGACUGGUGUAGCAGAUGGCGCGGCUGCCUUUUUCGACAUUGACCACGUAUACAUGAUCGAGCCGGCGAGAAUAGCGACGAUGCCGGACGCGCGACCCGAGGUCAGCUGGUCGUUGAAGAGCCAGCAACCCAG